GCCAGGGCACGACCCAGUCCCCGCUCACUCCUCGGCUGUUCCGCAGCUGGGCUCCCGGCCGGGGCGUGCCACAGGGCUCAGCCAGGAGGCGAGCACUGACUCAUGGAAACUUUGGGCUCCAGGGACCCCGGCUCAGAGGCAGGGACUCGGAUGUUCUCAGGAGGUGUCAGCAGUCCCGAAGCUAGACCCUGGCCUGCAUCUGCCCCUCUGCAAGGACCCGUAGAGCCAGCCAGGGUCCAUGAGAGGCUGCCCUAAUCCCCAGUGCAGCAGGACAGAGCUGGGUUGUUUUUCUUUAACUCUUUUCAAGCCUUGGACCUUUCCUUGGGACUCGUCUCCUACCUGUGUGUCCUGGACUAUUACAGGAUUGCCUGGUGGCCGAGAACACCCAAAGCUCUCCUUGCAGAGCAGUGCUUCCCGGUUAACUGACGCUGCAGCAUGCUCACUCUAACGGUGCCUGGUGAGCCUUUGCUCAGGCCAGACUUACCCUAGGAUAGUGCCUCUCCAUGCUGCUGGGUGCUCAGCAGGACCUUACGGCCACAUGAUGAAUGCACAGGCAUUGGCCCACACUCUCUGGAAAUGCCUGGGAAAGCUGCUGGUGAUCCUAGAGUUGUCUGUUCUAGGCAACUUCUUAAACACAUCGGCCAUCCCCCGCAGAUGCCCCCUUGUCUGCAUAUGUACCUCGGACCUUCUGAGCUGUGCCAAGCAAGGUCUCCAGCAGGUGCCAGUUGCACUUCCGCCCACAGCUACCACCUUAGAUCUCAGCCACAACGCCCUCUUCCAGCUUCACAACCAUUGGCUGGCAGCCCUACCACGCCUCCAGGCCCUCUGCAUCAGUCACAAUCGAAUCAUGGACCUCUCGCCUCAAGCGUUCCACAAUGCCACAGACUUGAGACACCUAGACAUGUCCUCCAAUUACCUGCAUGCCAUCGAGAAGCACUACUUUGAAGCGCUGGUGCACCUCGAGGAGCUCCUGCUCUACAACAACUGGAUCGUACAGGUAGAUGAACAAGCCUUCCUCAGGCUAAGCAGCUUGCAGAAGGUCUACCUAAGUUGGAAUAACCUAACCCAAUUCCCCUUCAGCUCCAUGCAGGGGCUUAGCCACCCUAACCUAACGACCCUGGACCUCUCCACCAAUAACCUGAACAGAAUCCCAAUUGAGGAGGUCACAGCCUUGCCUGUGUACAUCAGAAAUGGCUUGUACCUGCACAACAAUCCAGUGAGGUGUGAUUGCUCGCUCUACCAGAUGUUCAAGCAGUGGCAGCAGCGGCACCUCAGCUCAGUGCAGGAUUUCCUAGAGGAACACACAUGUAUGGUGUUUGACAACACGGCACGAUCCUUAGUCAGGUUCCUCAAGUACAACAAGAUCUUUGAGAAUUGCUCCCUGAGCCAGGGCUCACCUGGCACCUCAGACGUGCAUGCCACGGUGCUCGUAGGAGAGACUCUGCUAAUCAACUGCAACACGAGCACGCACGACACAUUUGCCACCUACAUGUGGAUCUUGCCCCGCCACGAGCCCAUCAUGCACCCUGGAAAUAGCAAUCGCACACUUGAAGUUUACCACAACGGGAGCCUGAAGAUCAUCGCAGCCAAGCCUUGGCACUCUGGGGUGUAUGUGUGCAUGGCUAUUGGCAAGCACCACCAGCUCAACAAGACGCACGAGGUCAACGUGACCAUCCACUAUCCCAUGCUGGAUGGGAAGUCUUUCAGCACCGGCCUCACAACCCUCCUCGGGUGCAUAGUGAGCCUUGUGCUAGUCCUCAUGUACUUGUACCUCACUCCGUGCCACUGCUUCCAGUGCUGCAAGAAAGUCGCUGCUCCUAGCCCUCCCCAGGAAUGCAGCGCUCAAUCCUCCAUCCUGAGUACCACCCCCCCAGCCAGGCCCAGCCAGAAGAUCAGCACCAGCAAGCACGUGGUGUUCCUUGAGCCCACCAAGGAAGUGCACAAUGGUAAGAUCAGGCUGGCUGCCAACAAGGACGUCACUGACACCAAGAAUCCCAAGCUCCUGCAGCUCAAGUUGGACUCAGAAUCCGUUAGUUCCAUCUUCUCAGACAUUCCCAUCACGUCCUAGGAGAUCCCCAGUGAUCCCAGAAGGUGGAGCAAGAACAGGAUAGCCAACCAGGCCACCUGGCUUGAGCUGCCCAUUAGUAACCAAUCGUUCACAUACAGGAAAACAGUGCAGCCGUUGCAUCUCAUCUGGGAGAAGACUCACCAUUGAGAAGACUCUUGCAAAGACCUUAAGUGCUGUUGUCAGCCCAAAUGGGAUUGCUCUGGACUGGCAGCGCUCUUGCCUUACCAUGAAUCUGAGAAACCUUCUGUAGGACUAUGAAAAUCCACAUGAAAGUAAGGAUCUUUCAUGUUGAGGGCC